GAGAUUAAUCCUCUGCCUCUCCAGCAGCCGCAGAUAAGUGUUUUGAUAUAUUGCUAGAUGGAUAGGAUUUGCAGUGUCUCGCAAUCCUGCUGAUACAAAAUGCCUUUAAGAUCCUGCCUUUCCCAUCCUAAUCUACAAAGGAAACAGGAAAAAGGAACUUAAACUCCCUGUACUCAGACAGCAAUGAGACUGUUGCAGUUUGCUCCUGCACUGCAAGUUUUUGCCUUUGACUUGUAAACAACAGCCCUUGUACCAUGCAAGUGAAGAAUAACCAGUGAAGGGUAUACUCUGUUAAAGGAUAUUCCUAACUCCAUGAGCUGCUGUGGAAACUGGAUGGAUACAUUUUGGAAAGCAUGGACCCUUUAGCACACUUACUUCUCUAUGGAUUCAGCCUGAUGAUUUCAGGUAAAGUGGAAGCAGCACUGGACCUGAUGCUGAUCAAUUCAUUCCCUCUAGUGGGCAACACGGAAACAUCUCUUAUCUGUAUUGCUGCCAAAUGGCGUCCCUGUGAGUCUGUCACCAUCGGGAGAGACUACGAGGCCCUGAUGAGCCAACACCAGAACCCCCUGGAAGUGACUGAAGACGAGAAGAGAGGAACUGCCAAAAAAGUGGUGUGGAAAAGAGAACAAGCUGGUGAAACGAUUGGAGCUUACUACUGUGAAGGGAAAGUCAAAGAUGAGGUGACAAGGAUACGUACUAUGAAGAUGUCACAAAGAGCUUCCUUCCUCCCAGUGGCCUUAACUGUUACAGCAAAUAAGGGAGAGUCUGUGAACAUUUCCUUCAUCAGAAAGGUCUCAAAGGAGGAAGACGCAGUGAUCUACAAAAAUGGUUCGUUCAUUCAUGCUGUGCCCAGGCAUGAAGUGCCAGGUGAACUAGAAGUAGCCUACUCUCCUGUCCAGCUGCAAGAUGCAGGGGUCUAUUACGCUAGAUACAUAGGAGGAAAUACAUUCACCUCUGCUUAUACAAGGCUGAUAGUCAGACGUUGUGAAGCUCAGAAGUGGGGUCCAACAUGUAGUUCAAUUUGCCCUGCCUGCAUGAACAAUGGCAUCUGUCAUGAAGAUACCGGGGAAUGCAUUUGUCCUCCAGGCUUUAUGGGGAAAACGUGUGAGAAGGCGUGCGAAGCCAAUACAUUUGGGAGAACCUGCAAAGAGAGCUGUGAGGAGAAAUCGGGCUGCAAAUAUUAUAUGUUCUGUCUACCGGAUCCAUAUGGUUGUUCUUGUGCCACUGGAUGGAGGGGCCUGGAAUGUGAUAAAGAGUGCCAACCUGGUUUUUAUGGACCGGACUGUAAACUCAGGUGUAACUGCAGACACCAGGGAAGCUGUGACAGAUUUAAGGGCUGCGUGUGUAACUCUGGCUGGCAUGGCCUACAAUGUGAAAAAGAAGGUCCAGCAGAUGUAUCACCUCAGAUAAAAAGCUCACCAGGCAAUGUGGAACUCAAUUCUGGCAUGGAGUUUAAACCUACUUGUAGAGCCACUGGUGAGCCACGUCCUGUGAAUGAAGAUUUUAAACUGUUGAAAAAAGAUGGAACUGUCCUCAAGCCCAAUUCGUUCUUAACUGUUACACAAAAUUGCUCCGAGGCAACAUUUCAUAUCUAUAGAGUCCAUCCUCCUGAUUCAGGAAUGUGGGUCUGCACUGUUCAGACAGUAGCAGGGGAGGAGCCUUUCCAAGUUACAGUUAAAGUUCCUCCAGUGCCACAAUAUCCUCCAAAGAUGCAGGACAGUGGACAUAAUUUUCUCAUCAUCGAUAUCAAUGCUGACCCUCACACUGGCGAUGGACCAAUUGUGUUAACCAAACUCUUGUACAAGCCUGCUAAAGGCCUCCAGCCAUGGAAGUCAGUGAAAGUACAUGGAAGGACCAAGAAAUUAGAUAAUUUGGAACCAAAAACAGAGUACAAGUUUUGUGUUCAGCUGAGUCGGCAAGGUGACAGUGGAGAAGGGCACCCUGGGCCAGAGGCCAGCUUCACAACAGUUGCUCUUGGUCUGCCCCCACCAGAAGGUCUCUCCCUCCUUCCUAAGAGCAGGACAUCUCUGAAUUUGUCAUGGAACCCAAUAACACAGAAACCAGAAGAUGACAUUUCAAUUGAAGUGGAAGGGAGGAAUGUGAAUGACGACAGUGACCAUAUUGUCACCAAAGUUCAAGGAAAUAUAUCUUCCGUGAUCAUUGAUAAAUUAAAACCCCGACAGCAGUACAUGUGCCGGGUGCGUGUGAAUACCAGGUCCCCUGGAGAGUGGAGUGACUAUCUGUAUGCAUGGACCUACAGUGACACAUUCCCUCCUGCCCCCAACAACAUCAAGACUUGCAACAUUACAGACACCUCUGUUUUAAUAUCUUGGUCAACUGCUGAGGGAGAGUCCAUCUCCUCCAUCAUCAUCAGCUACAAAAUUUGUGGCAAGGCAGAGUACAAUCACAUUGAUGUUACCAUCAGAAACACCACCAUUACUCAAUACCAUCUCAAAGGCCUUGAGCCGAACACCGUAUAUGAGGUUGAGCUUAGUGCCCAGAACAACGUAGGAUCAAGUAGUCCUAACAAUUCUGUUCAAUUGAAGACUCUUCCAGAAGCAAAAGCUCAACAUGAAUCAAAAGGAGGGAAAAUGCUGCUGAUUGCUAUUCUUGGCUCUGCUGGGAUGACCUGCCUAACAAUCCUCCUGGCCUUUCUUAUCAUGCUUCAGCUGAAGCGUGCUAACUUCCAGCACCGAAUGGCUCAAGCCUUCCAAAAUGUGGUGAGAGAAGAACCAGCUGUCCAGUUUAAUUCAGGGACACUCACUCUGAGCAGGAAAGCCAAAAACAGCCCGGACCCCACUAUUUAUCCAGUUCUCGAAUGGAAUGACAUCAAAUUUCAAGAUGUGAUUGGGGAGGGCAACUUUGGCCAGGUUCUUAAAGCACGAAUUAAGAAAGAUGGCUUACGAAUGGAUGCUGCCAUUAAAAGGAUGAAAGAGUAUGCCUCAAAGGAUGAUCACAGAGACUUUGCUGGGGAACUUGAGGUUCUGUGUAAACUUGGUCAUCAUCCUAAUAUCAUAAAUCUUUUGGGAGCAUGUGAACAUCGGGGGUAUCUCUACCUUGCUAUUGAAUAUGCUCCCCAUGGAAAUUUACUUGAUUUUCUGAGGAAAAGCAGAGUGCUGGAGACAGACCCAGCAUUCGCUAUUGCCAACAGUACUGCCUCCACCCUGUCCUCUCAGCAGCUUCUGCAUUUUGCAGCAGAUGUGGCCAGGGGGAUGGACUAUUUAAGCCAAAAACAGUUUAUUCAUCGGGAUUUAGCAGCAAGAAACAUUUUGGUUGGAGAAAACUAUGUUGCAAAAAUAGCAGAUUUUGGAUUGUCUAGAGGUCAAGAAGUUUAUGUUAAAAAGACAAUGGGAAGACUUCCAGUACGAUGGAUGGCAAUUGAAUCCUUAAAUUACAGUGUGUAUACCACAAACAGUGAUGUGUGGUCAUAUGGUGUCCUACUAUGGGAAAUUGUUAGUUUAGGUGGAACACCAUACUGUGGAAUGACGUGCGCUGAACUCUAUGAGAAAUUGCCACAAGGAUACAGACUGGAAAAGCCUCUCAAUUGUGAUGAUGAAGUGUAUGACCUAAUGAGACAAUGUUGGCGGGAGAAACCAUAUGAAAGGCCAUCCUUCGCUCAGAUAUUGGUGUCCCUGAACAGGAUGUUAGAAGAACGAAAGACCUAUGUGAAUACAACCCUGUAUGAGAAGUUUACCUAUGCAGGCAUCGAUUGCUCUGCUGAAGAAGCUGCAUAAGACAGAAAAUCUUCAUGUAAUGAUUAUAUAUUAAACAAAAUUCAAAACCAACAGGAGUCUAGAAUUAUGAUGUGCCGUGUAGAAUUGUGUAUAGCUCUCUCUGUAUAAUAUCUGUAGUUGUUUAACUACAGAUACCAAUGUGCAUAUCUUCCCGGAAAUUCUGCCUCCAUAAACUGUAGGAGUGUAUAUACUGUUUUGACUAGAAAUGAACUCGAGUAAUGAACUCUGAUAUGUUUCAUCCACAAUGUUUUUUUUGGAAAUGUGAUCAAUUCUGUAUGUUGCUCAUUGGACACAAUUAUUGUAAUGCAUUGUGCAUUGCCUCCUAAUUUUUUUAUGUGCGCCAAAUUAAUAAUAAGAAUUUCAGUAUCUCAUAAGUGUUAUCCAAACUUUAUUGUGAUUCAAACAGAAAUGCUUUAUGUUUGGUACCAGUGAUAAAACAGUUGCUUGCCUACACAGUAGCAAUUUCAAAAGAUAAUUAGUUAUUAUAACUGCUCUUUGAAACUGGCAGUAAAAGUGAGCUAUGAAAAUAAUUUGUUACUACAAUUUUUGAACUAACUGAUGCCUGUGAGAAGAAGGUAAAUGCUAUUUGUUCUUUUGUUAAGUUUAACAGUCAAUGUCUGUAUUAAAAUAUCAGUGUUUGUUUAACUUGAAAGUAUAUAUAUUAAUGAGUAUGUUGCUAUUUUAGGAAGAAAGAUGGCAUUUAUGGACAUUUAUAAAUAUGUUAAACAGUGUAGAACACAUUAGUCUGGGUAGAAAACUUCUUCAUUUUCCAUUUGAGUUUAAUAACGUAACGUAUAGUUAUAGAUUACUUUCCGAUUAUAAACAGGUAAGGUUUACCUAAUUUCUUCUCCCUUCCCUGUCCUUUAUGGGAAAGGAUAUAAUUUGCUGUGUGGCUUUUAACACAUAUUGUACUAACUUGUUGUACCAGUUUUUCUUCAAUGAUUUUAUAUAAAGGUUUUCAAAUCUAGACAACGAUCAGUUAGUGUAUGUAAUGUUCAGGAAGGCAGGACUAUUUUGCUCUUCAACAAAGCAACUUUGAGAGGUUGUGUCUGACAACUGAAUCUACUAAAUAGGCUCUCAAAUAGAUAGAUGACUGACAGUAAAGAAAGAAAGAAAGGGCAAGCUACCAUAUAGUGUCUAUGACAACAUUGUUGUCAAUAGUUGUAUGAGAAAGGUAAAUUUCAAUACUUUUAAGAAUAUGGGGGAGAAACUAUUGGUAUUUACGUGACAUGUAUUAUUUGUACUUUACAUAAAGGUCCUGCUAAGAGCAGCUCUUCAUUGUGUUAGGCAGUUUACAGACAAGUAGCAAGAGACAGCCCUAUCCUGAGGAGCUUACUAACUAAUUGGAACAUACAGACCAAGGGUUUGUAAGUCUGCCCUGUAGUCAAAGCUAUGAUUACACCUCAUGUAGAAUGGAGGCAUAAAGAUGAGAGUAACAAACUUACAGAGGAAGCCUGCAGCUUAUCUAGAAAAAUGAUCCCAAACUUCCUGAGGCCAUAGUACCAUACAGAAAAGACUGUUACCAUGACCUGAUCAACAGACCAGUGACAGAGCACAUGGAUAGCAAUGGGAAGUCCCUCAAAGUCACCUUUUGAGCUUGUGUGCCAAAGGAGGCAAGACUGUGAUGUUUAUGGAGCCAGAAGGAGUUCCAAGAAGCAAGUCCAGGGUGAGACGACAUAUUCACGGGGGCCUGGUACCUACAGCACCUGCUGGCAUAUUCCAUUUUUUUCCCUUUGAGCGAAGUCUGUUGAGUGUAAAAUGCCAACUAUGCUAGCCUAUUUCCCUUAAAUGUGACACUAUGGCUUUGGUUGCCUCUUAGGCUUAGAUGGCCACUGACUCCCCACACCUCCAGUCUACCCUUUCCAGUUGGACUGGCCUGAGGAAGAGCAUGUGACUGGAGAAGCAGCUGCAAAUCCAAUGACCUCCUGCCAUGAAGAAGACUCAAACCCACAUCAGUUUGCUCCCAAGUAUACAACUAGGCCAUCAGAUUACAAGGGCAUACCCAACAAGUUCAAGCCAUGCUACUAGGCUUGGAAGUCAGGAGGCCAGAAUGAGAGCAACAGCAAAUAGCCCAGACUAUGGUCUAGUGGUCUGGCCCUUCACCUGACAGCCACAUGUCCAACGGUCUGUUUUUCGGCCUGCCUCUCUGCUGUUUUGCUAAUGUCUAUGCAAGGUAAA